AUGGCCAAGCCAGGCGAUGACGAGGCCAGCAUCGCUAAGCGAAAGAAAGCGCAGCAGGAGCCGGAAGAGUCGGAAUCCUCUUCCGAUGACGAAGCCGGGCCUCAGCCUGCGGCGCCUGGGCAGCUAGGGGAGGACUCGGACACGGACGGGGAGGCAGGGCCGCCGGCACCGGCCCCCGUGAAGCAGAAGAAGAAGCGGAAGCUGGCCCACGAAAAGGUGUACCUCGAAGCCCUGCCCGCGGCGCCGAUGUACGAGCGCAGCUACAUGCACCGGGACGUGGUAAGCCACGCCCUCAUGACCCCCUGCGGCACCGACUUUCUGGUCACGGCCAGCCUGGACGGGCACAUCAAGUUCUGGAAGAAGAUGCCGGAAGGGGUGGAGUUCGUCAAGCACUACCACUCGCACCUCGAGCCAAUCCACGACCUAGCGGUGUCGAGGGACGGUCAGCGGCUGUGCACCACGUCGGCGGACAAGAGCAUCAAGUUCUACGACGUCGUUUCAUUCGACAUGAGCCACAUGAUCGCCCUCGGCUACACGCCCACCCGCGCGACGUGGAUCCACGAAAGGGGGAGGAAGGGGAGAGUGGCGGUGGCGGAUGCGGACUCCCCCGCGAUACGAGUGUACGUGUCGGACGGCUCUACGGACGCCGUGGGGCAGUUCGACGGGCACAGCAGCCCCGUCCUGUCGUUGGCGUUCAACGAGCCCGCCAAGACGGUCGUGUCCGCUGACAGGAGCGGCGUGUUGGAGUACUGGAGUGCGGAAGACUGCGGACGCCCCCCUGCGGGGGCGGUCAAGUUCAAGUUUAAGAUGGACACGGACCUGUACGAUAUGGCCAAGGCUUCCGACGCGUUGGAUAGGCAGAACGCUAUCUUCGAUGAAAGCGGGCACUUCCUUAUCUACUGUACCAUGCUGGGCAUCAAGGUGGUGAACCUGGUGACCAACAGAGUCUCGAGGGUGCUCGGGAGGCAUGAGAACGUGCGCUUCCUCCAAGCGACUCUUUUCCAGGGAACAGCGAAGAUCGACACCCAGAUGCUCCUGGCACGAGAAACCAAGUCUCGAACAGCGGAAGAGAUAAACAAGACCAAGAUACCGGACCCAAUCGUCAUCGCCACGGGCUUCGACAAGAACAGGUUCUACAUGUUCUCCAAGAGAGACCCGGUUGAGGACGACGAUGGGGAGAACGGCAGGGACGUCUUCAACGAGAAACCCUCGGCGGAAGAGAUGCACGUCGUUGCCGAGACCAACACCGUGGUGGGCAGAGAGGCGGUCAUCAGGACGUCCAUGGGGGACAUACGCACCAAGCUAUUCCCGGACGAGUGCCCGAAGACAAUCGAGAACUUCUGCACUCACUCUCGCAACGGGUAUUACGACGGAGUCAUCUUCCACCGAGUCAUCAAGGGCUUCAUGGUUCAGACGGGAGAUCCGCUCGGCGAUGGUACCGGCGGCGAGUCUAUCUGGGGAGGAGAGUUCGAAGAUGAAUUCCACAGAAACCUUCGCCACGAUAGGCCCUUCACCCUUUCCAUGGCCAACGGGGGGCCGGCCACGAACGGGUCUCAGUUCUUCAUCACAACGGUCCCCACCCCCUGGCUGGAUAACAAGCACACCGUCUUCGGCCGCGUCACCGCUGGGAUGGAUGUGGUCCAGACGAUCGAAGCUAGCAAGGUGGACAAGACCGACAAGCCCUUCAGCGAGAUGAAGAUCAUCAGCAUCGACAUUUCCUAAUUUACUGCAUCAGUCAUUGUGGGGCACGGGGGGGGGGUCCGCAUGUUCCGCAGUCAACUGGGAGUUGUCAUCGUAUGCGACGUAUGUUCCGCGAGAGAAAGGCCAUCAGCAUCGAUCGCUCGCUAUGGUGUCAGGAGUAAUAGUAGUCUACCCAGGUUCGAACGCGUACGAAGGUGGCGUGUGCGCCGUGUUUCUGUGUGUGUGGCAGCGACCGCCCUACCGACUGACCAAUGAAAAGACGCCGGCCUGGGUGCGCCUGAAAACAGAAGGCGCUUCUAAAGGUUAUGGUCUGGGAGGGUCGAGGGAGGAGGCUA